AUGGACGACAUUAGGUUAGCCUUAAUUUUGGAAAGUUCUGACAGAAAAAGCCACGGUCUUGGGGAAUUAAAGGCGCAUUCUUUAUAUGCAACAGUGCGUUGCAGUCCAUUUCAAUACAGCAGGAGAUCAGUACUUUGCAAGUCAGCUCUCUUCAAAGAUAAAAGAAAGAAGGUGCUAGCCAUGACUAUUGCAAAUGGAAAUAUUGAUGCUUCGUCAACUCCAACAAGACCCGAGGGAAAAUAUAAAGGAAUUAUAGUAUGUUGGUUUCUUGGACUUGGGUCUCUUGUCUCGUGGAACAGUAUGCUGACCAUAGGAGAUUACUACUAUAGUUUGUUCCCGAAAUAUCAUCCUUCAAGGGUACUUACUCUUGUUUAUCAACCAUUUGCACUUGGAACAAUGGCAAUACUAGCAUAUAAUGAGGCAAAGAUCAAUACUAGAAAGCGAAACAUGGUUGGUUACAUCCUCUUUACUGCAAGUACUCUCAUGCUUAUGGUUGUGGAUUUAGCCACAUCAGGAAGAGGAGGAAUUGGACCUUUCGUUGGCAUAUGUGCUAUUGUUGCUGGUUUCGGAGUUGCAGACGCUCAUGUUCAAGGUGGAAUGGUUGGAGACAUGGCUUUCAUGUGCCCUGAAUUCAUGCAGUCUUUCUUUGCUGGGUUGGCUGCAUCUGGAGCCCUGACCUCUGGUCUGAGAUUGAUCACAAAAGCAGCAUUUGAUAAAUCUAAAGAUGGUCCUCGCAAGGGUGUUAGUACGCUGCCAAUAGUAAAAUACUACCGCUCAAAGGCAGCCUCAGAAGGAUCAAAGACUGUUUCAGCUGAUCUUGCUGCUGCUGGCAUCCAAACACCAGCAAACCAACAAGCUGCUGAUGUUGCCAAACAUCCAGAGCGAUUGAGCAACAAACAACUAUUCUUCCAGAAUAUAGAUUAUGCACUUGACCUAUAUAUGAUAUACGUGUUGACAUUAUCGAUUUUCCCGGGGUUCUUGUAUGAAAAUACCGGUGAACACCAGUUGGGCACAUGGUAUCCUCUUGUUCUAAUUGCAAUGUACAAUGUGUUGGAUCUUAUAUCAAGAUACAUCCCUCUUGUUCCAUGGUUGAAGUUGGAGUCUAGGAAGGGCCUCGUGAUUGCAUGUCUCUCUCGUUUCCUACUCGUUCCUGCAUUCUACUUCACUGCAAAAUAUGGUGAUCAAGGAUGGAUGAUCUUUCUUGUUUCUUUCCUGGGGCUAACAAAUGGCUACCUCACUGUCUGUGUCCUUACAAUUGCUCCGAGAGGUUACAAGGGGCCAGAGGCAAAUGCUUUGGGAAAUUUGCUUGUGCUAUGCUUACUUGAGCUAGUCAUGACUAUUCCUAGUGGAAGUGGGAUGCCGACAAUGCUUCAGGGAAAAUAUAAAGCAAUAAUAGCUUGUUGGUUUCUUGGACUUGGAUCUCUUGUCUCAUGGAACAGUUUGCUAACCGUAGAAGAUUACUACUAUGACUUGUUCCCGAAAUACCAUCCUUCAAGGGUACUUACUCUUGUUUAUCAACCGUUUGCCCUUGGAACAAUGGCACUGCUGUCAUAUAAUGAGGCAAAGAUCAAUACUAGAAAAAGGAACAUAGCUGGAUACAUACUGUUUACUGCAAGUACUCUGAUGCUCAUAGUUGUGGAUUUAGUCACUUCAGGAAAAGGAGGAAUUGGACCUUAUAUUGGUAUAUGUGCAGUGGUUGCUGCUUUAGGAGUUGCAGAUGCUCAUGUUCAAGGUGGAAUGAUUGGAGACUUGUCUUUCAUGUGCCCUGAAUUCAUCCAGUCUUUCUUUGCUGGGUUGGCAGCAUCAGGGGCUCUGACUUCUGCUUUGAGACUACUAACAAAAGCAGUAUUUGAGAAGUCUAAAAAUGGUCUACGGAAGGGAGUUAUGUUAUUUUUGGGAAUAUCCAGUUUCUUGGAGUUUCUAUGUGUUCUUCUGUAUGCAUUUCUCUUUCCUAGACUGCCAAUAGUGAAGUACUAUCGUACGAAGGCAGCUUUGGAAGGAUCAAAGACUGUUUCAGCUGACCUUGCAGCUGCUGGCAUCCCAACACCAGAAAACCAUGAGUUUAGGGCACUCUUACAUGCUGCAGAAGAUGACAAAUACCCAGAACGGUUGAGUAAUAAACAACUAUUCGUCCAAAACAUAGAUUAUGCACUUGACCUGUUUCUGAUAUAUGUUUUGACACUAUCAAUUUUCCCGGGAUUCUUAUAUGAAGAUACUGGUAAACACCAGUUGGGCUCAUGGUAUUCUCUUGUCCUGGUUGCAAUGUUCAAUGUGUGGGAUCUUAUAUCAAGAUAUAUUCCCCUUGUGGAAUGCUUGAAGUUGGAGUCUAGAAAGGGUCUCAUGAUCGCAAGCCUUUCUCGUUUUCUGCUCAUUCCUGCGUUCUACUUCACAGCAAGAUAUGGAGAUCAGGGAUGGAUGAUCAUGCUAACAUCUUUCUUGGGAUUAACAAAUGGUUAUCUUUCAGUUUGUGUCCUGACAGAGGCGCCGAAAGGUUAUAAGGGGCCUGAACAAAAUGCAUUGGGGAAUUUGCUUGUGCUGUGCUUAUUUGUUGGCAUAUUUUCAGGGGUUGUCCUUGAUUGGCUGUGGCUCAUAGGCAAAUAA